UAUAAUGUACUUGUCGAAUUAUAUUAUCAUAAAAUUUCCCAAUUCAUAUUUUAUCGUUAAAUGCUUCCAAUUUCGAAUAUGUACACUGCCCCGCAGUUGCCGAUACUUUUAAUAUACAUUUAAUAGAUACUCAAAAUAUAAAUUUGUUUUUUAGGCUUUCAGUGUUUAUUUUCUGGAACUUAUUCAGAAAACUUUGAUGAACUUGUUGAAUUUUACCUCGAUACUGAUAAGCUAACAGUUAAAAGCUUAAAUCUGAACUACAUAUAUGGUAUACCAAACUUAAUAAGCAUGUAAAAUAUCCAAAAAAUUGUUUAGAAGCGUUGAGACAGUGUGAUAAAGAAAUAUUUCCCAAUAUAGAUUUUCUAUUAAAAAUACUAUGCACUUUACCGGUUUCAACAUCCACCCUCAAGAGAACUUUUUCUUGUCUCAAAAGAUUGAAAUCUUAUCUACUAAACACAAUGACUGAGGCAUUUUCUUGAUAUUAAAAUAAAAAAUUAUAUCAAUUAUUUUAACAUUUUUAUGGUUUUAGACUCGACUUAAUGGCUCAGCUAUGUCAGCUGUUCAUAAAGAAAUUCCACCAAGACUCUACUCGUUGUGUUACCAAUAAAAAUGAAUAAACGAAGUAUUGAAAUAUAACAGUUAGGUAAAAUUAUAAAAUAAUUCAGUCAAUAGUAUAAUAUAAAUAUUAAAUAAUGGUACAGUUUGAAUGGUUGACGACGUACGUCCGAAAACAAGAACGAGUCCGUCGGUCGACAGCACGAUUUAAAAUCAGUCAUGGAGGUAUAUUACGCGCAGUAUAUUAUAAUCACAGAUAUCUAUACUAUACAGUUAGUAUAGAUAUGUGAUUAUAAUAUUGAUCGGGAGAGGCCGGGCGCGCAGCUGGCGGCGUCUGACGCGCUGAUACCGUGGUUACAAUGGUUAUUGCUGAGGGUCGCCACAACCUCUUUGACAAUAACAUUUCGGCCGUUUUGUGGGCGUCAUUUUGAUCGAGUCGCUUAUGGCCGGCACACGUGUUAUUUGAGCGUCAUACUCUGUUGCACGAUUGUCGAAUUUUCAGUCACGCUCUCGAGUUGAAUUUUUUAAAAUUGUUUAACGUCGUUAUUAACUGUUUUAGCCCAAUCCGUUUGGCGAUUACAAUUAAUAUUUUUCAGUUAAUCGUUACAGUCGGGGUCGGACGAUCCGUCGUUUUAUCGGUAGGUACCUAUUGCGUUACACAAGUCUGGAGUUCGAUUUAUCGUCUACUCACGGGUAGAGAGCACUCCACUGUACGUUCGGAGCAGACAGCCGGACAACGGAAAUAUGUACGAGUUACCGAGCCUGGUGAAGACGGCGUACAACGCUUGCAACCCGAUCGAGCGCGCCAAGUAUGACUUGUUGAGAACACGGCACGCCGAUUUGCGAUUUUGUUGCAAGUCGCUGUUCGCCCUGUUCAAAGCCGACAGAAACACAGACGAAGACGACAGCAGGGAGACAAUGUACAGCAGAUCGUCAUUGCCCAGCGGGUUUGGAAAAGUGUGCGAGGCGGCAGCGUUGUACGGACACAUCGAUUGCCUGAGACUCGCUCGUGCGAUCGGCGUCCCUUGGGAUGAUCGUUUAUAUUUGAACACUCAUAAUAUCGUGGGUGCCAUGAGUUUAGGUUUGGCGUGCAAAAUGGCUGCGAUAUCGGGCCAUCUGGACUGUCUACGGUAUGCAUGGGAAAACGUAAUUACGUGUGGCAGUGCCGCAUAUAACGGUCACAUAGAUUGUUUACGGUAUGCACGGGACAACGGCUGCCCGUGGGACGAAAAUACGUGUGCCGCUGCCGCAAAUAACGGUCACAUAGAUUGUUUACGGUAUGCACGUGACAACGGCUGCCCGUGGGACGAGAGGACGUGUGCCAAAGCCGCAUAUAACGGCCACAUAGAUUGUUUACGGUAUGCACGUGACAACGGCUGUCCGUGGGACGAAAAUACGUGUGCCAGUGCCGCAUAUAAAGGUCACAUAGAUUGUUUACGGUAUGCACGUGACAACGGCUGCCCGUGGGACGAGAGGACGUAUAUCGCCGCCUCCCGGAACGGUCAUUUAGACUGUCUCAAUUACGCAUUGGCUAAUGGGUGCCCGUCGCAAAUGGACGAUCGCGUUGUGGAAAGCGAUGGAGAAGACUGGAGUUCUUCGGACUAGGACAGUAUAUGUGCGAUGCAGCAUGACUAAAUAGAUAGGCUACGGAUGUUGCAAUAAAGGACCAAGUGGUAACCACGAACACGGUCAACCCUAGGAGCCGAUCUCUUGUCAUGUCUUCAGUAAUUACAUUCAACGACAUGGAUUUGGACGUGGCCAAGAGGCGUGCGAGCUUUUACGCUGCAAGUCGACUGACCAAUGUGUAUAGUGUAUAUAAAAUGUAUGAAAUGUAUAAGAUGUAUAAAAUGUUUAAAAUAAUU